CAGCAGCAGCUAUUGACAACAUGAACGAGUCUGAGCUCUUUGGCAGGACCAUUCGGGUGAACUUGGCCAAACCGAUGCGAAUUAAAGAAGGAUCAUCCAGGCCUGUCUGGUCGGAUGAUGAGUGGCUGAAGAAGUUUUCAGGGAAGACUCUGGAGGAGAACACAGAGGAGACAGGAGCAGAGGCCCCCAAAACAGAGGCGCAGGAGGGUGAGCCUCCUGCCAAGAAAGCCCGGGCCAACCCUCAGGUUUACAUGGACAUCAAGAUUGGGAACAAACCCGCGGGGCGGCUGCAGAUCCUGCUGCGCUCGGACGUGGUGCCCAUGACUGUGGAGAAUUUCCGCUGCCUCUGCACCCACGAGAAGGGUUUUGGCUUCAAAGGGAGCAGCUUCCACCGCAUCAUCCCCCAGUUCAUGUGCCAGGCUGGCGACUUCACCAACCACAACGGCACCGGCGGCAAAUCCAUCUACGGGAAGAAGUUUGAUGAUGAAAACUUCAUUCUUAAGCACACAGGGCCAGGGCUGUUAUCCAUGGCAAACUCUGGCCCAAACACCAAUGGUUCCCAGUUCUUCAUCACUUGUGAUAAAACAGACUGGCUAGAUGGGAAGCACGUGGUGUUCGGGGAGGUGACGGAGGGAAUGGACGUGGUGCGGGAGAUCGAGGCUCAGGGCACCAAGGAUGGGAAACCGAAGCAGAAGGUGAUUAUCUCAGACUGUGGGGAGUGCCCGUGAGCUCGGCU